ACUUGCCAUUCGCCUCAUCACGCACACGCCCGCUUCACAAUUCAAACGAACGGCAUUUUAUUUUCACAGGAUCCCGGGAGUCGUGAAUGUUUUACCCAAUAUCGGCUUUCAUUGUUAACUGACCAAAAUUGUAAUCUGUUCUGUUAGUUGUCGAGUGCCUGUGCCGUCAUGUCCCAUCCGUCUGACCAUGUGCUGCGUCCCAAGGAAAAUGCUCCGCACAGAAUGCCAGAAAAAUCAGCUGCAGUGCACAAUAUGCAAAAGAACUUGCUAUUGGGAAAGAAGCCCAACAGCGAGAAUAUGGCUCCAGCUAGCAAACCCUUGCCAGGAUCCUCUGGCGCUUUGAUCAGGAAGCCAGGCCUAGGAGGCUCCAAUUCCAUAGCUUCCUCCGAAGGAAACAACUUCCAAAAACCCAUGGUGCCGUCCGUGAAGAAGACCACAUCAGAGUUUGCUGCUCCGGCUCCAGUAGCACCUAUCAAGAAGCCUGAGUCACUUUCCAAGCAGAAACCCACUGCUGCGAGCUCUGAAUCCUCCAAGGAACUGGGUGCGGCCAGCAGCUCCGCUGAAAAAGAGAAAACCAAGACUGAAACCCAGCCCCAGAAGCCGAAGAAGACCUGGGAGCUCAACAACUUUGAUAUUGGUCGCCUGCUGGGACGGGGCAAGUUUGGCAACGUUUAUUUGGCGCGGGAAAAGGAAUCCCAGUUCGUGGUGGCCCUAAAAGUGCUCUUUAAGCGCCAGAUUGGCGAGUCCAAUGUGGAGCACCAGGUGCGUCGUGAGAUCGAGAUACAAUCGCACCUACGUCAUCCGCAUAUCCUGCGUCUGUAUGCCUACUUUCACGACGACGUGCGCAUAUAUCUGAUCUUGGAGUAUGCGCCACAAGGAACGCUUUUCAACGCCUUGCAGGCACAGCCGAUGAAACGUUUCGAUGAACGCCAGUCGGCCACCUAUAUUCAGGCGUUGUGCUCGGCGCUGCUCUAUCUGCAUGAGCGGGACAUCAUACACAGGGACAUCAAGCCGGAGAACUUGCUGCUCGGGCACAAGGGCGUCCUGAAGAUCGCCGACUUCGGUUGGUCCGUGCACGAGCCGAACUCCAUGCGCAUGACACUGUGCGGCACUGUCGACUACUUGCCACCCGAAAUGGUUCAGGGCAAGCCGCACACGAAAAACGUGGAUCUAUGGAGCCUGGGUGUGCUCUGCUUUGAGCUGCUAGUGGGCCACGCUCCCUUCUACUCGAAGAACUAUGACGAGACCUACAAGAAGAUUCUCAAGGUGGACUACAAACUGCCGGAGCACAUUUCCAAGGCAGCAUCCCAUCUCAUUUCCAAGCUGCUGGUCCUUAAUCCGCAGCACCGCCUACCGCUGGAUCAGGUGAUGGUGCAUCCUUGGAUCCUGGCGCACACGCAGUGAACACAUUCUUGUUUAAUUUUCAGUUAAUUCCUUUUAAUUACAUUUUUAGUUUAGGGCUCCCCGCGUAAUUUAAUUAUGGCAUCAUAAAUUUUCAUUUAUAUAGAUACGAGAAAUUAACAUUUAUCAAUUAAGUUUAUUAUUAUCAUUAGCAAUAAAGUUUGUGUGUGUUUUCG